UCUAACGAUAGGCGUAUCGUCUGACGAUCUUUAAGCAUGUCGAGCAAGAAACAGCGGAAACCGAAUUUUUCUGAUCUGGAGGUGGAGGUGUUGGUGGACGCUGUUUCCAUUAAUUACAGCAUUCUAUAUGGGAAGUUUUCCUCCUCGCUGACCAAUGCGAGGAAGACUGCAACUUGGCAGCAAGUCACUGACAAAGUAAAUGCAGUAAGUCUUCAAUGUACGAGAGAUGUGGUUGAAGUCAAGAAGAAAUGGCAGGACCUGCAGUCAGCUGCCAAAAAAAAGGAAGCAGAGAGGAGAAAAAAGAUGAUGAAGACUGGGGGUGGUCCAUUGGACCAUCCAUCAAUGAACCUGUGGGAAGAGAAAGUUUUGCAGGUUAUUCCUUCAACUGCCAUUAGUGGCAUCAGUGGUGGUACUGAUACUAGUGAAACAACCACAUCAUCAUCAGUCCAAAACACAUCAAUGUGUACUGCAUCAGGUGAUGGAAGUAUUGAAGGGUUGAUAAUCACAGAAGUGCCAGUUGAAGAACUUGUGUCACAAGCCACAGGAACAACAUGCAAUGAUACUGACAAAGCAACUGAAGUGGAGGAGACAAACUCAGUUGCUCCAAUGUCAACAAGUAGAGGUAAAAGAGGGUACUCCUGCUCUGAGGAAACCCGCCGCCUUCUUGAUUUUGAGGAAGAAAAGUUGAAAAUCAAGAAGCGUCAUCUUGAGAUAGAGGAGGAGAAGUUGCAAGUCUUGAAAAACAUUCAUAACUUGUUGCAAGAAAAUUGCAGCAAUCCUAUUUAUGGAUUGAUCUCCAAGGAAAUGUGAAAAAAAUAUAUGUCACUAUGUUAUUAAGUAUUGUUAACUUUGCUGAUAGUCUGUCAUCUGUUUGUCCAUCUGUCUCUCUGUCACCUUCUUUCUGAUAUUGAGUAGAUUAUUCCACUUUAGUGGGGGGCCACAAUGGAGGAUGAAAGUUUUAUAUGCUGAUAUAUUAACAGACUGUCCAGUGACUCUAAAAUUAUUUUUGGAAAUUCCUGAUGUUUUCAGUUUUGCUAAUAUUCUUUUUAAAAUAAAUUAAGGGGAAAUUCUAAAAUAGUUAGAAAGGAAAAA